CAGGUCAGGAAGGUUGAAUGAGUGUUCAGUGUUAGACUGGUGUCUGCUGGAAAGAGUUGCUAUGGCAGGAGUUCUGCGCUUCAUUCUGCUUUUAUUUCUGCACUGUGGAUCAUUUCUCUUCGUUUCAGCCGGACCUCAUCAGAACACCACUGCUGUGGAUUCAGAUGCAGCUUUUACAACCACAACUGAGAGCCUUUUUUCUGCAGGGAAAACCAACGGCACUGAGGUUCCCACCACAGGAUUCACAAGCAGUUAUAGUAAGUCAACAACUAAACCUCCCAAAACGACCACAACUACUGAGCGUCUGACUGAAGACACGGGUAAAACAGCAGAGAGAGCAGUACCCAGAAAAAACACUGAAGAAGAAGAAGAAGGUCCACUGGAAUUAGAGCGGAGAUCCACCAGGAGCAUUAAGGUAGCAAAGAAGCUGAAAACAAUCCAGAAGAAACCCAAACUCAUCGCCAAGAAGCCAAAGGUUGUUAAGAAAGCCAAACCUAAGGCCAAACAAAGCGUGCGCCAGUCAGUGGCCACGGAGACCGUUCCACAAUGUCCUCCACUGGGUCUGGAGUCACUGAAGGUCAAAGACAACCAGCUGAGAGCGUCGUCCUAUAAGCGCAGAGGCCUGGGCCCUCACCGUGGACGGCUCAACAUCCAGUCUGGCAUAGAGGACGGUGAUAUCUAUGAUGGAGCCUGGUGCGCUCAGUACAGAGAUAAGAAGCAGUGGCUGGAGGUUGACGCCAAACGUCUGACCCGCUUCACAGGCGUCAUCCUGCAGGGACGCAGCUCCAUCUGGAGUUGGGACUUGGUGUACACGUACAAGGUGCAGUUCAGUAACGACUCGCACGUCUGGAAGCCGUGCAUGAACGGGACCGAGGAGGCCAUAUUUGAAGGAAACCAGGAUUCACUGACGCCUGUCCUUGCCCUUUUCAACACUUCCACCGUUGCCCGUUACAUCCGGAUCAAUCCACAGACCUGGUAUGAGAACGGGACACAGGGCGACAUUUGCUUGAGAGCCGAGGUGUUGGGCUGCAUACUCCCAGAUCCAAAUAACAUCUACCCAUGGCAGACAGAGCCAGCCGGGUCCAAAGACAAACUGGACUUCAGACACCACAACUACAAGGAGAUGAGAAAGCUGAUGAAGUCGGUGAACGAGGCGUGUCCCGACAUCACCCGCAUCUACAGCAUCGGAAAGAGCUACACGGGUCUGAAGCUCUACGUCAUGGAGAUCUCUGACAACCCAGGAAAACACGAACUGGGAGAACCAGAGUUCCGAUACGUUGCAGGGAUGCAUGGGAAUGAGGUGCUGGGCCGAGAGCUCCUGCUCAAUCUAAUGCAGUACAUGUGCCAAGAGUACAAGCGUGGAGACCAGCGCAUCGUCCGCCUGGUCAAAGAGACCCGCAUCCACCUCCUGCCCUCCAUGAACCCUGACGGUUAUGAGAUGGCCUUUAAGAAGGGCUCAGAGUUGUCAGGUUGGGCGCUGGGUCGCUACAGCUACGAAGGCAUCGACAUGAACCACAAUUUUGCAGACCUCAACUCAGUGAUGUGGAACGCCAUCGAGCUGGAGACAGACAAGUCCAAACUCAUCAACCACUACUUCCCCAUCCCUGAGCAGUACACCUCUGAGGAAGCCUUUGUGGCGUCAGAGACUCGAGCUGUCAUCAACUGGAUGCAGAACAUCCCCUUUGUUCUCAGCGCCAACCUCCACGGGGGAGAGCUGGUGGUCACCUAUCCGUACGACAUGACCCGAGACUGGGCACCUCGGGAGCACACACCCACUUCUGAUGAGAGCUUCUUCCGCUGGUUGGCCACAGUGUACGCCAGCACCAAUCAGGUGAUGUCCAAUCCAGACCGGAGGCCCUGUCACAACUUCGACUUCCGCAGAUACAACAACAUCAUCAAUGGAGCCGACUGGCACAACGUACCAGGAAGUAUGAAUGAUUUCAGCUACCUGCACACCAACUGCUUCGAGGUGACGGUGGAGUUGUCCUGCGAUAAAUUCCCUCACGCCAGCGAACUUCCAAUCGAGUGGGAGAACAACAGAGAAUCUCUGCUGGUUUACAUGGAGCAGGUGCACCGUGGAAUAAAAGGCGUGGUUCGUGACAAAGACACAGAGGCUGGUAUAGCAGAUGCCAUCAUUAAAGUUGAUGACAUUGAUCAUCAUAUUAGAUCAGUCGCCGAUGGUGACUACUGGCGGCUCCUGAAUCCCGGUGAAUACCGGGUGACAGCCAGCGCAGAGGGGUACUUCCCUUCCUCCCGGAACUGCCAGGUCAUGUACGACCACUACCCCACAAUCUGCGACUUCCGUCUCACCAAGAUGCCCAAACAGAGGCUGAAGGAGAUUUUAGCAAAGGGAGGGAAAAUCCCCAAAGACCUGCAGCUCCGGCUGCGACAGCUACGCAUGCGUAAGCUCCGCAUCACCACCAAGGCCAUGAACCAGAGGCGUGCCGCCGCUGCCAGACGGGCAAAGAGGGUUUGAUGAUGAUGAUGAAAGAAAAGUGAACAAAGCAGGACUUAGUUCAGAGACACUUAUGUCACUUUUUCUUCUUUCCAAUGCUGUUAUUUAUUUUCGAACAGCAUGCUGUCUCACACCUGAGACGAGAACAGUUUCAUGUUCAGCUGUGGAGCAGCAGAGCGUCUGUAGGAACAGUUCUCUUCUCAUGGUCACAUUAAAUGUUUUUUUUUUUUCCCAUGUUUCAGGCUGAAUUGUUCUGUUAUCAGCGAGGUCAAGAGUCCAGCUCCAACAACUGUUGACCCAACAACUUCUUUAUUUAGCUGUGGAAGAAAAGCGUGCACAGUGUUGUGGUUCUUGCUGGAUUUGAAACAAAGCAGGGAGUGUGAGGUGUUGACUUUCAGCUUUCAAGUGUUUACAUGACAGCACAGCAGGUCAUGAUGUCAACAGGAUGUCCUCAAGUUAUGUUUCAAUACAGUCAUUGUCUAAACACUUCAGGACUGUUCAACUGUCUCUGAGCUACAAAUUCUGGAUGAAUUCAUGUUUUGCUUCCUGAACUGAAGCCUGAAAGAAAGUAAACAGUAUGGAAAGUU